CAGGAGAUGGCGAUAUGCACCUAACAGCUGCUAUGCAACUCGCCAUUAAACCCACAGAAGAAGAAGAAGAAGAAGAAGAAGAGGAGGACUGGAGUCUUCUGAGGAGAGGCGAGCAGGUUCAGCGCUGUUUGUGUGUUUGCUGACUUAAAAACUCAGAACAGCAGGCAACAAGCAUAUCUGCUGCAGAAGUUCAUGUUCAGUGAAGCUCCUCCCACAGCAACCACUCCGUCAGCGAUUUCACCAAUAAAUGCUGGAGUUUUCCCAUCAGUUUACAAGUGCAGACGAGCAUCAGACCAUCAGGAAGAAAUGAAAUCUGCAAAGACUGAGUUUAUUAAAGAGCAAAGUGCGAACAUGAGUGAUCCUGAACCCUGCAGAAUGAAACGCACUGAAGAACAGAGAGACCCGAUGGAAGAGAACGAGAAGAUUGAAGAACUGAGUGAAGUGGAGGAGAAACAUCAUGUCAAACCUGAAAAAAAACCUCAGAGUCACUCGAAAACUAAAAAUAAAUUUUUAAAGAAAAGAAGACCUGAGAAAUCUUUCACCUGCACUCAGUGUGGAACGAGUUUCACAUACAAAAACGCUCUUGAGAUUCACAUGAGAAUCCACACGGGAGAAAAGCCACAUGCAUGUGAUCAAUGUGGAAAGAGUUUCCCAUACAAACAAAGUCUUAAGAUUCACAUGAGAAUUCAUACUGGAGAGAGACCGUAUGCAUGUGAUCAAUGUGGAAAGAGUUUCCCAUACAGACGAAGUCUUGUGUUUCACAUGAGAGUUCAUACUGGAGAGAAGCCGUUCACAUGUGAUCAGUGUGGAAAGAGAUUCAUCAAUUCAUCAAAUUUUAAACGACACAUGAGGAUCCACACUGGAGAAAAGCCAUUCACGUGUGAUCAAUGUGGCAAAACAUUUAUUAGGGCAUCACAACUGAAGACACACCUGACAGUUCAUACGGGGGAGAAGCCACAUUCAUGUUCUUCAUGUGGAAAGAGUUUUUCACAGCUGGAAAGUUUAAAAUCCCAUCAGAAAUUACAUAAUGCUGUGAGAGAUAAUGUGUGCUUUACAUGUGGGAAGACUUUUGCUUCAGUGAAUGUUUUAAAACGGCACCAGAGGAUUCACACGGGAGAGAAACCUUACAAGUGUUCACGCUGCGACAAGAGUUUCCGUUGGUCAGUAGAUCUGCAAAGACAUGAGUGGAUCCACACUGGAGAGACGCCACACACAUGUGAUCAGUGCGGGAAGAGCUUCACACGCGAACAAAGUUUUAGAGUCCACAUGAGGAUCCACACGGGAGAGAAGCCGUAUGCAUGUGAUCAAUGUGGAAAGAGUUUCACAUGUUUAUCAAACCUUAAAGGACACAUGAAAAUCCACACCGGAGAAAAGCCACAUGCAUGUGAUCAAUGCGGAAAAACAUUUCUUGUUUCAUCAGCCCUGAAGAAACACCUGACAGUUCAUAUAAAGGAGAAGCCAUAUUCAUGUUCUUUAUGUGGAAAGAGUUUUUCAUGGCGGCAAAGUUUAAAAUCCCAUCAGAAAUUACAUAACGCUGUGAGAGAUCAUGUGUGCUUUCAGUGUGGGAAGACUUUUGCUUUAGUGAAUCUUUUAAAACGGCACCAGAGAAUUCACACUGGAGAAAAACCUUACAAGUGCAGACGAGCAUCAAACCAUCAGGAAAAAGUGAAAUCUGCAACGACUGAGUUUAUUAAAGAGGAAAAUGCGAACAUGAGUGAUCCUGAACCCUGCAGAAUGAAACACACUGAAGAACAGAGAGACCCGAUGGAAGAGAACGAGAAGAGUGAAGAACUGAGUGAAGUGGAGGAGAAACAUCAUGUCAAACCUGAAGAGAAACCUCUUGAGUUGUCUCAAACUAAAAACACAUUUUUAAAGAAAAGAAGACCUGAGAAAUCUUUCACCUGCACUCAGUGUGGAGCGAGUUUCACAUGCAAAAACGCUCUUGAGAUUCACAUGAGAAUCCACACGGGAGAAAAGCCACACGCAUGUGAUCAAUGUGGAAAGAGUUUAGCACACAAACAAAGUCUUAAGAUUCACAUGAGAAUUCAUACUGGAGAGAGACCGUAUGCAUGUGAUCAAUGUGGAAAGAGUUUCCCAUACAGACGAAGUCUUGUGUUUCACAUGAGAGUUCAUACUGGAGAGAGACCGUAUGCAUGUGAUCAGUGUGGAAAGAGAUUCAUCAAUUCAUCAAACUUUAAUCGACACAUGAGGAUCCACACUGGAGAAAAGCCAUUCACGUGUGAUCAAUGUGGCAAAACAUUUAUUAGGGCAUCACAACUGAAGACACACCUGACAGUUCAUACGGGGGAGAAGCCACAUUCAGGUUCUUCACGUGGAAAGAGUUUAUCACCGCUGAAAAGUUUAAAAUCCCAUCAGAAAUUACAUAAUGCUGUGAGAGAUUAUGUGUGCGUUACGUGUGGGAAGACUUUUGCUUCAGUGAAUGUUUUAAAACGGCACCAGAGGAUUCACACGGGAGAGAAACCUUACAAGUGUUCACGCUGCGACAAGAGUUUCCGUUGGUCAGUAGAUCUGCAAAGACAUGAGUGGAUCCACACUGGAGAGAAACCGCAUGUGUGUGAUCAGUGCGGGAAGAGCUUCACACGCGAACAAAGUUUUAGAGUCCACAUGAGGAUCCACACGGGAGAGAAGCCGUAUGCAUGUGAUCAAUGUGGAAAGAGUUUCACAUGUUUAUCAAACCUUAAAGGACACAUGAAAAUCCACACCGGAGAAAAGCCACAUGCAUGUGAUCAAUGCGGAAAAACAUUUAUUAAGGCAUCACAACUGAAGACACACCUGACAGUUCAUACGAAGGAGAAGCCAUAUUCAUGUUCUUUAUGUGGAAAGAGUUUUUCAUGGCGGCAAAGUUUAAAAUCACAUCAAAAAUUCCAUAACGCUGUGAGAGAUCAUGUGUGCUUUCAGUGUGGGAAGACUUUUGCUUUAGUGAAUCUUUUAAAACGGCACCAGAGAAUUCACACUGGAGAAAAACCUUACAAGUGUUCACGCUGUGACAAGAGAUUUAGUUGCUCAGUAGAUCUGAAAAGUCAUGAGCAGAUCCACACUGGAGAGAAACCGUACACGUGUGAUCAGUGCGGGAAGAGCUUCACACGCAAACAAGGUCUUAAAGCCCACAUGAGGUUCACACCGUCAGUGAUCUCACCAAUAAAUGCUGGAGUUUUCCCAUCAGUUUACAAGUGCAGACGAGCAUCAAACCAUCAGGAAAAAGUGAAAUCUGCAACGACUGAGUUUAUUAAAGAGGAAAAUGCGAACAUGAGUGAUCCUGAACCCUGCAGAAUGAAACACACUGAAGAACAGAGAGACCCGAUGGAAGAGAAAGAGAAGAGUGAAGAACUGAGUGAAGUGGAGGAGAAACAUCAUGUCAAACCUGAAGAGAAACCUCUCGAGUUGUCGAAAACCAAAAACACAUUUUUAAAGAAAAGAAGACCUGAGAAAUCUUUCACCUGCACUCAGUGUGGAGCGAGUUUCACAUGCAAAAACGCUCUUGAGAUUCACAUGAGAAUCCACACGGGAGAAAAGCCACAUGCAUGUGAUCAAUGUGGAAAGAGUUUCCCAUACAAACAAAGUCUUAAGAUUCACAUGAGAGUUCAUACUGGAGAGAGACCGUAUGCAUGUGAUCAAUGUGGAAAGAGUUUCCCAUACAGACGAAGUCUUGUGUUUCACAUGAGAGUUCAUACUGGAGAGAGACCGUAUGCAUGUGAUCAGUGUGGAAAGAGAUUCAUCAAUUCAUCAAACUUUAAACGACACAUGAGGAUCCACACUGGAGAAAAGCCAUUCACGUGUGAUCAAUGUGGCAAAACAUUUAUUAGGGCAUCACAACUGAAGACACACCUGACAGUUCAUACAAAGGAGAAGACGCAUUCAGGUUCUUCACGUGGAAAGAGUUUAUCACAGCUGAAAAGUUUAAAAUCCCAUCAGAAAUUACAUAAUGCUGUGAGAGAUUAUGUGUGCGUUACGUGUGGGAAGACUUUUGCUUCAGUGAAUGUUUUAAAACGGCACCAGAGGAUUCACACUGGAGAGAAACCUUACAAGUGUUCACGCUGCGACAAGAGUUUCCGUUGGUCAGUAGAUCUGCAAAGACAUGAGUGGAUCCACACUGGAGAGAAACCGCAUGUGUGUGAUCAGUGCGGGAAGAGCUUCACACGCAAACAAAGUUUUAGAGUCCACAUGAGGAUCCACACGGGAGAGAAGCCGUACAAAUGUGAUCAAUGUGGAAAGAGUUUCUCAUUAAAACAAAGUUUUGAUGUUCACAUGAGAACCCACACCGGAGAAAGGCCGUACGCAUGUGAUCAAUGCAGCAAAAGAUUUAUUGAUUCAUCAGCCCUGAGGAAACACCUGACAGUUCAUACGAAGGAGAAGCAUUCAUGUUCAUUAUGUGGAAAGAGUUUUUCACAGCUGCGAAUUUUAAAAUUACAUCAAAAAUUCCAUAACGCUGUGAAAGAUCAUGUGUGCUUUCAGUGUGGGAAGACUUUUGCUUUGGUGAAUGUUUUAAAACGGCACCAGAGGAUUCACACUGGAGAAAAACCAUACAAAUGUGAUCAAUGUGGAAAGAGUUUCUCAUUAAAACAAAGUUUUGAUGUUCACAUGAGAACCCACACUGGAGAAAAUCCAUACGCAUGUGAUCAAUGCGGCAGAACAUUUCUUGUGUCUUCAUCCCUGAAGAGACACCUGACAGUUCAUAUGAAGGAGAAGCCACAUUCAUGUUCUUCAUGUGGAAAGAGUUUUUCACAGCUGGAAAGUUUAAAAUCCCAUCAGAAAUUACAUAACGCUGUGACAGAUAAUGUGUGCCUUACAUGUGGCAAAACCUUUGCUUCAGUGAAUGUUUUAAAACGGCACCAGAGGAUUCACACUGGAGAGAAACCUUACAAGUGUUCACGCUGCGACAAGAGUUUCCGUUGGUCAGUAGAUCUGCAAAGACAUGAGUGGAUCCACACUGGAGAGACGCCACACACAUGUGAUCAGUGCGGGAAGAGCUUCACACGCAAACAAAGUUUUAGAGUCCACAUGAGGAUCCACACGGGAGAGAAGCCGUACAAAUGUGAUCAAUGUGGAAAGAGUUUCUCAUUAAAACAAAGUUUUGAUGUUCACAUGAGAACCCACACCGGAGAAAGGCCGUACGCAUGUGAUCAGUGCGGCAAAAGAUUUAUUGAUUCAUCAGCCCUGAGGAAACACCUGACAGUUCAUACGAAGGAGAAGCAUUCAUGUUCUUUAUGUGGAAAGAGUUUUUCACAGCUGCGAAUUUUAAAAUUACAUCAGAAAUUACAUAACGCUGUGAAAGAUCAUGUGUGCUUUCAGUGUGGGAAGACUUUUGCUUUGGUGAAUCUUUUAAAACGGCACCAGAGGAUUCACACUGGAGAAAAAACAUACAAAUGUGAUCAAUGUGGAAAGAGUUUCUCAUUAAAACAAAGUUUUGAUGUUCACAUGAGAACCCACACUGGAGAAAAUCCAUACGCAUGUGAUCAAUGCGGCAAAACAUUUCUUGUGUCUUCAUCCCUGAAGAGACACCUGACAGUUCAUAUGAAGGAGAAGCCACAUUCAGGUUCUUCACGUGGAAAGAGUUUUUCACAGCUGGAAAGUUUAAAAUCCCAUCAGAAUUUACAUGACGCUGUGAAAGAUAAUGUGUGCCUUACAUGUGGGAAGACUUUUGCUUCAGUGAAUGUUUUAAAACGGCACCAGAGGAUUCACACUGGAGAGAAACCUUACAAGUGUUCACACUGUGACAAGAGUUUCCGUUGGUCAGUAGAUCUGCAAAGACAUGAGUGGAUCCACACUGGAGAGAAACCACACACGUGUGAUCAGUGCGGGAAGAGCUUCACACGCAAACAAAGUUUUAGAGCCCACAUGAGGAUCCACACGGGAGAGAAGCCGUAUGCAUGUGAUCAAUGUGGAAAGAGUUUCACAUUAAAACAAAGUUUUGAUGUUCACAUGAGGAUCCACACCGGAGAAAAGCCGUAUGCAUGUGAUCAAUGCGGCAAAACAUUUCUUGAUUCAUCAGCCCUGAGGAAACACCUGACAGUUCAUACGAAGGAGAAGCCACAUUCAUGUUCUUAAUGUGGAAUGAGUUUUUCACAGCUGGAAAGUUUAAAAUCACAUCAGAAAACACAUACUGGUGCAUAUGUGCUCUAAGUGUGGCAAGACUUUUACUUUGGCAAUCAAUUUAAAUUGUACCAUAGAAUUCACACUGGAGAAAAACUUUAUAAUUGUUCACACUGCGACAAGAGUUUCUCAAUAAAGUCUGUUCUAUGUAAGUUAGUGUCCUAACAGCCACAAUUAGUGGCAGGACAUUUUGUUGGUUGGAAAGUAUGUCAUUAUUAUGAGAAAGUAUGUCAUUAUUAUGAGAUUAUGUCAGGGUUCCUUAAUAUGCGGCCUGUGGUAAUUUCAAAUAGUGUUAUCAAGGUAAUGUCAGCGUAAGCAUGUCACUGGUGUGAAAAUUAAAAUGCAGCAUCUUAGACAGCUUAGUCUGACAGUGAAAAUCGCACUCACCAUGACUGUGAAUAAAAAUGGAAACGGAAAAUAGACUAUUCAAAUUUGAAUCAACCAUCACAACGCAAAGCCACCGUGUUUAUGCACGCAGACUGUGGUGGUCUGUAAGGCUGAUGACAUGAAACGCCAUUUCAAUACAUUGCACAGUAAUUUUGACUGCAAUUAUCCAGAACAUUCUGAGAGCCGCAAACAGAAGGCAUCACAAUUGGUGGCAGAUCAGUUGCUGUUCUUUACAAAAAUACAUCCAUACAGGUGAAUGCGUGUGGCUUGGAACCUGGCAAAGGCCAAAAGGCAGUUCACAGAUGCAGAAUGAAUUAGAAACUGUCCAAACAUCUACUAUAAGGGGUCAAAAUAGAACUUUAUUAAAAUAUCAAAGUAAAUAAAUAAAUAGUAAUUAAAUUGUAUUAUUUACAAAUUACAGUUUUAGUUCUAGACAGUUACCUAUGGCUAUGAUUUUAUUAAUACAGUUAUCUGAUUGAUUUUAUGAUCUCAAGCGUUCAGAAAUCACACACAAUAAAAUCAAGCAGUUUUACUACGAUAAAAGCAUGGUUAAUUUUGGUAAGGGUUGUUAUGUCCAUAUGUUUUUGUUGAAGAAAUUAAAGAGGAUGUAGCAUUUCUGUUGCAAUUUGAAUUAAAUGUUUGGUCAAUAUUAAAGUGUGACAACAGCAAUUAUCAGGCCUUUGGUGCCCUUUGCAGGCAUUUGUAAUAAUGUAAAUUGUUUGUUUUGUAUUAGGUUAUGUAUUUUAACAGUGUUCAAUGAAACCAUAGGCUGUAUACCAUUCAUUGCCUUGUUGUUUUUAUAUAAUACAUUUCAAGUCAUGGAAACUAGAAUAUUAAGUCAGAUGCGCUGUUGGUGGUGGCGACAUUAAAACACGUUACUAACGUCAACAGUCAAAAAAGUUUCAGAGGAUUAUGAACGUAGUUAACUGAAAGUGAUGCAUGGGCUUAAUCUCAGGCUUUUUUUAUUUUUAUUUUCUCUGCGCCGGACCUCGCUGAUGUCUUUUCCCAGAUAUAGCCUAGUUGUCCAUUAAUUAUGAUGAUCAUUUGUAUUCAGCUGCAAACAUGAGGUGAGAGCGGGCGUGGGUGCAGAUGCGGGAAUGGUGUGUCGUGCGAUUAUACCGCCUAGUCAAGUCACCUUUAUUUAUAUAGCACUUUAACAAUACAAAUUGUGUCAAAGCAACAUCAAAAUAGGAAAAUAGUGUGUCAAUAAUGCAAAAUGACGAGAUUAAACACUCAAUUUUCAGUUAAAGGCAUUUCAUUAUUGAAUUUGGUAAUGUCAUCAUCCAGCUCAGUUCAGUUUAAAUAGUAUCUGUGCAAUCAAGUCGACGAUUUCACUGGAAAUUAAGUGUCCCCAACUAAGCAAGCAAAGGCGACAGCGGCAAGGAACCAAAACUCCAUCGGUGACAGAAUGGAGAAAAAAAUCUUGGGAGAAACCAGGCUCAGUCGGGGGGCCAGUUCUCCUCUGGCCAGACGAACCAGCAGUUUGUUCCAACUGCAGCCAAGUCAGAUUGUGUAAAGGACUCAUCUGGUUCCCGUAUUCUUGUCCCAAUGGCUAUCUAGGUGAUGAGGUCUUCACUGGGGAUCUGUCUCUGGGGCUCAUCAAGGUGUCCUGGUCUCCGCUGACGUUGCAGCUGCAGCCUAACAACCCUUUAACGGAUUUGAAUAUCAGAAGCGUAUUAGUGUGUUAUGUGUUAAAGAGAUGGGUCUUUAAUCUAGAUUUAAACUGACAGUGUGUCUGCCUCCCAAACAGUGUUAGGUAGAUUGUUCCAGAGUUUGAGUGCUAAAUAUGAAAAGGAUCUAGAUUAUUACAUGUGGGGGUUUUAAGCCCGAUAAUUAACACCUCUGUUUUUUUUCAGAAUUUAGCAGUAAGAAAUUACUAGUCAUUCAGUUUUUAUAUCGACUAUGCAUUCCAUUAGUUUCUCAAUUUGGUGUUUCACCGGGCCGCGAAGAAAUAUAGAGCUGAGUAUCAUCAGCAUCACAGUGAAAGCUAACCCCGUAUUUCCUGACGAUAUUUCCCAAGGGUAACAUGUAAAGCGUGAAAAGUAACGGCCCUAGUGCUGAGCCUUGAGGUACUCCAUACUGCACUUGUGAUCGAUAUGAUACCUCUUCAUUCACUGCUACGAAUUGAUGGAGGUCAGAUAAGUACGAUUUAAACCAUGCUAAUGCACUUCUACUAAUGCCAACAAAGUUUUCUAGUCUGUUCAAAAGAAUGUUGUGAUCAAUAGUGUUUAACGCAGCGCUAAGAAGAUCCAGUAGCACUAAUAGAGAGAUACAAUCGCGAUCAGAUGAUAAGAGCAGGUCAUUUGUAACUCUAAUGAGAGCAGUCUCAGUACUAUGAAACGGUCUAAAUCCUGACUGGAAAUCUUCUCUAUGAAGGAAUAUAAUUGUGAGGAUACUACCUUUCUAUUAUCUUUGACAGAAAGUAAAAUAGUUUGAUCUUGGAAGUAAAAUAGUUCAUUAAGUCAUUACUGCUGUGCUGUUGGGAAAUGUCAACACCUGUUGAUGCUUUAUUUUUUUGUUAAUUUAGCCUCAGUAUUGAAUAAAUACCUGGGGUUAUGUUUGUUUUCUUCUAAAAGAGAUGAAAAGUAAUCAGGUCUAGCAAUUUUUAAUGCUUUUCUGUAGGAUAGGGUACUUUCCCGCCAAGCAAUACGAAAUACCUCUAAUUUGGUUUUCCUCCAGCUGUGCUUCAUUUUCCAGGCUAGUCUCUUUAGGGUGUGAGUGUGCUCAUUAUACCAUGGACUCUUGGACUCUUUUUCCUUAAUCUUCCUUAAGCGUAAAGGAGCAACCACAUCUAAUGUGCUAGAAAAGAGAGUCCAUAGUUUGUUACAUCAUCAAGUUUUUCUGCGCUGUUGGAUAUGCUGAGGAAUUAAUCAGGAAGAUAAAUCAAGAAGAUUACUUACUGAGCAGUCUUUUGUGCUGGAAGUGAUGGUUCUACCAUACUUGUAACAAGGAGUAGAAUUUACAGUUUUAGCUAUAUGGAGUUUACACAAGACUAGAUAAUGAUCUGAGAUAUCAUUGCUUUGCUGCAGAAUUUCAACACCAUUAACAUCAAUUCCAUGCGACAGUGAGUAUGCCUACUGCGUUCAUCAUAAAAUGAAUAUAUAUAUAUAUAUAUAUAUAUAUAUACAUACAGGGCUUGACAUUAACACCCGGGUGGAUUUCAGCUGUGGCGGGUAACACAGUCACUCCCACUAGCCACUCUGACGGGUUGAAUUUUAUAUACAGUAACAGAGCUCAACAUUAAUGCUUGACCGGGACAAGUAGAUUUUUUGAAGGGGCAAGUGAAAGAAGAGAAUUUUACUCGCCUGACCGGACAAAUAAUCUGAUUAAAACAUCUAAUUGCACCGAAAAUUGUUAUGAUUUUAUUACAUUCGGUGUAAACAGCGAUUGAUAAUGGAUAAUCAACAGUAACAUCAAGAUCGCGCCAGUUGAGACUCACGCAGCCUGUCUGUGAGAGAAUCUUGUGGUGAAAUUAAAACAAAUGAACACAAUUGCACACAGAAUAAACAUAAAAAUGUAACUUAGUUAUUUAUUCAUAACAUAGUCAAAUUUGACAUUUUAUACAAGAGUUAAAACGAGUAGUUAAUAUACAUUUUAGUUCAAUAUUUAAAUUUGAAUUUAUUGAAAGGAUAUAUUAUGGUAACACUUUACAAUAAGGUGUCAUUUGUUAACAUUAGUUAAUGUGUUAACUAACAUGAACGAACUAUGAUCAACACAUUUAUUACAGUAUUUAUUAAUCUUUGUUAAUGUUAGUUAAUAAAAAUACAGUUGUUCAUUGUUUAUUCAUGUCAGCUCACAGUGCAUUAACUAAUGUUAACAAACACAACUUGUGAUUUUAAUAAUGCAUUAGUAAAUGCUGAAAUUAACAUGAACUAAGAUUAAUAAAUGCUGUAGAAGUAUUGUUCAUUCUUAGUUCAUGUUAACUAAUGUAGUUAACUAAUGUUAAGUAAUGAACCUUAUUGUAAAGUGUUACCUAUAUUGUCAACGUUGACUGUUUUUGCUCCAUUUUGGUUAAUGAAAAUAUCCAAACAAAGAUCACAGCAGAACAGUCGUGCAUGUCUGAGCUACACACAGCGGUGUUUUGUUAAUGAAUGAUUCACGUUUUUUUAAAUUUUGAAUCAUUUGAGUCAAUGAUUCAGUGGUCCAUUCAUAAGGACAAGCACUUGAUUCAUUCUUGAAUGAAUCAGCUGUAUGAACGAAUUGUUUGAAUGCUUCAAUGACUCAUUAAGUCACUUGCUGCCACCUACUGGCGGUUUACUUUCAUAGUAGCCUAUUUUUGCAUUUUUUCCAACAUUUCAUAUUUGUAUAUUAAAAAAUAUAUAUAUUUUAAAACACCUAGCUCACAACAUUGUUUAUGCUGUUAUAAUUUUGCAUGCAGUGUAAAUGCAUUCGUGCCAUAUUUCAGCUACAUUGAACUGUCUGUGUAAAUGCAUCUGAAUGCCGCUCCAGUCACUUCUGUUUCUUCUGCAGUGGAAAGAUUGAUUUUGUAGAUACUGAUUUCAUAUGACUGGUAACAGCCCUAUAUUAUCUUAGUAUAUUAAGUUAAAUUAUUCAUAAAAUGUAAGAAUUUGAUAUGAAAGAUGAUGCAUGCAUUUAGUUUUUUUUUUUUUUUUUUAAAGUCACUAAUAACAGAACCUUCAUGUAAUUUUUCAAAACACUUACUUCUUCCAAAUGCUUGGAUACAAUACACAUGAAACAAAGAUCUUUCGUUCAUUGAACAAAAAUUACUGGUUCAAAAUGACACAACUUAACACAGCAUUACAUCUGAAUUGAUUGUCUAUUCAUUUCAUUAUAGUGAUCUAAAUAUCAAUUGAUACAACAGCUCAAAAUGCUAUAUAACUGUUGCUUUACUCUUGAAGCAUAGUUUUUUUUAAAUGGAAAAUUAUGAACUAUAUUAAAUGUUUAGAUUAUGAAAGUGAAGCAACUGAGGACUGAGUAUUUUCAGGUAUGAUCAGCUUCAAGAUGCCUGUUGUUGGGAGAAAAAAAAAUGAAAAAUUCUAAAUCAUUGUUAUUAGUAUUUGUUUUUCCUACAAUAAAUGUCUUUUUAGAGGGUGAUAGAGCUGGAAGCUGAUGAAAACCAUUCAUAUUUUUGGAGGAGGCAGGCUUUAACCUGGCCAAGAGAUGUAGGAAAAGUUGAGAGCCCAGCGGUUGAGAGGGGCCCAGAACGAUGUUCGCUGGGGGCCUGACCACCCCCCACUGAAUGUGAUUUUGAGGGGCCCCAUAACAAAAUCUUAGCAAUAGCCUUGAGAGCAAUCAUGGUUUCAGGCCCAUCCACAGUUUAUCACCUUGUAUAAUAGCUUUUAGCUAUUAUGCUGCCCGCAGUUGGAACCAGCUUCCAGAAGAGAUCAGAUGUGCUAAAACAUUAGCCACUUUUAAAUCCAGACUCAAAACUCAUCUGUUUAGCUGUGCAUUUGUUGAAUGAGCACUGUGCUACGUCCGAACUGAUUGCACUAUGUAUAAUCACUUUCUAUUCUUAAAUGUUUUAAAUUCUUUUAAAAUCAAUUUUUAAAUCACUUUGUUUUUAUUGUUGUGAUUUUUAUUAUUUUUAAUAACGACUAUUUCACUUCCUUUUAUGUAAAGCACUUUGAAUUACCAUUGUGUAUGAAAUGUGCUAUAUAAAUAAACUUGCCUUGCCUUGCCUUGCCUUGUAUUUACCCCCAUACACUCCAGCUGACAUUUUACUGUAGGCCUACUGUAGAUUUUUCUUAUCUUUUUUUUUCUUAUCGAUUUUUUUGAAAAACCUAUUGUGAGUUGAUUAUUUCAUUAAUAAUUUUCAAAUUUUGUUUAAUGAUUCCAGUGUCUGUACUUUUCUCUCUAGUCUAUUACAAUGGUGUAUGAAUGUGUAGAACCAUAAUGGAAGCUGUAUCGUGUGUAUUGAACAGCUAUAUUUAAUGGUUGUACUAACAACUAAACAGUGAAACUUUGGGUAUCUUGUGUGUGGGUGAUCUAAAGUAAUGUUCCUAUGAUAUUUCGUAAUAAAUGAAGUUUUUGAACCAAUGCUUCUGCAAUUGCAAGGCUUGUUUAAAGAUAUUAACGCAAUAUGCAAAGUUUUGAACAUUGGACAGCCUGUGUUACAAAUAAUGACUGUUUUGAGUUUUGAAAAAUGACAAGGUUCUUUUAUUAGUGCAAAAAUUAUUGUAUAAAAACUGUAAUAUGGUUAGGGAAAAAUGCCCUUUAAAUAGGUCAAAAAUGACCUGGAAAUCAGUUUAAAUACAUUUUUGUAUGCAGUAUUAAGUCAUAUAAAACGUAAUUUCCCAACAACAAAAUUGUGGCCAGUGAAAAUACUGAGUGCCACA